AUGGUCCCCCUGAGUCCAAAAGUAAAAGGAGAGGAAAAACCUGUAGGUAUGAAUAAUGGUCACAGUCCGCAGUCCAGUCGAGAGUGGUGGUCACAGUCUGGUCGAGGUUCUGGUCCUCCUCUGGAUCCCACGAGUGGUGCUCUGUGGAUGUGUAUAGUCUUAAAUCCCCACUGCAAGUUGGAGCAGAAGGUCAGUUGGCUAAAACAGCUGAAAAAAUGGAAUGAUGUGGAUGUUUGUCCCUGGGAAGAUGGAAACCAUGGAAAUGAGCUGCCCAAUUUAACCAAUGCUUUGCCUCAGGGUGCAAAUGCUAACCAAGAUUCAUCAAACAGGCCACAUCGGACGGUGUUCACUCGAGCCAUAGAGGCAUGCGAUCUGCACUGGCAGGACAGCCACUUACAGCACAUUAUCAGCAGUGACCUAUACACCAACUACUGUUACCAUGACAACACCGAAAACUCACUCUAUGACUCUCAGGGGUGGCCCCUCUGGCAUGAACAUGUUCCUACAGCCUGUGCGAGGGUGGAUGCAUUACGAUCUCAUGGAUACCCACGAGAAGCACUGAGGCUAGCAAUAGCUAUUGUUAAUACACUAAGAAGGCAGCAGCAGAAACAACUGGAAAUGUUCCAGGCUCAGAAGAAAGAACUUCUCCACAAAGGAGUAACCUCAAUAACAAAUCUUGAAGGUUGGGUGGGACAUCCUUUGGAUCCGAUUGGCACCCUCUUCAGUAGCCUGAUUGAAGCCUUCAGGGUAGAUGAUGAGAGCUUCCAUGGAUUCUCAGACUUCACGGAGAACAUGGGGCAAUGCAAAUCUGUGGAGUACCAGCAGCUGCCUGCACACAAGUUUUUAGAAGAAGGGGAAUCUUAUUCAAUGCUGGCUGUGGAAGUAGCACUGAUAGGGCUGGGACAGCAACGGAUAAUGCCAGAUGGCUUGUAUGCACAAGAGAAGGUUUGUCGAAAUGAGGAGCAGCUCAUUUCUAAGCUACAGGAAAUUGAAUUGGAUGAUACUCUGGUGAAGAUUUUUCGAAAACAAGCAGUCUUCCUAUUAGAAGCUGGACCAUAUAGUGGUUUAGGUGAAAUCAUCCAUCGAGAGAGUGUUCCAAUGCACACAUUUGCCAAGUACCUUUUCACCUCUCUCCUACCUCAUGAUGCUGAAUUGGCAUACAAAACUGCACUGAGAGCCAUGCGGUUGCGAGUAUUGGAAUCUACGACUCCUUUGGGAGAUAUGUCCCAUCCACACCACAUUGUAUCAGUUGCUCCAAAUCGAUAUCCCCGCUGGUUCACCCUAAGUCACAUCGAAUCCCAGCAAUGUGAGCUGGCAUCCACCAUGCUAACAGCAGCCAAAGGUGAUGUUCAGAGGCUGGAAACAGUGUUAGAAUCCAUUCAAAAAAAUAUCCACUCCUCAUCACACAUCUUCAAACUUGCCCAAGAUGCAUUUAAAAUAGCAACACUCAUGGACAGCUUGCCAGACAUCACUCUUCUGAAAGUUUCUCUGGAGUUGGGCCUUCAG